AUGGAAGGCUCAUAUCCCAUCCACCCUGCCCAGGCAAUGCAAUCGCCAUUCUUCUACUACAACCCGGACCCUCAAGGGGAGAACACACGCCAACACGGUCACUUCACACCCCACCCAUCCGGACAGGCUACCUUCCAAGCACAGAACAUGUACUACCAGAGGCCAACGUCGGCAUGCUCUCAGAUGUCCUACCCUCAGACCGCCUACGCCAACCAGAUGCUGACUCCCGUCGCAUCUCCUCAGCCAAUGUACCAGAAGCCAACGAUCUUGAUCCAACCUCAAGACUCGCCAUACCUUCACCCCAUUGACACUGACUACUCGUUCUCGCCUGCCACACCUCCUCUUUCAUCGUGCGGUAGCAACACCAGCAGCCCUCCUUCCACAUGCGAUGUCCUCCCUACACCGCUGCACGACAUGUUCUCUGCUGAGGGUAUCGAGGGUGUAAAGCAGGGCUGCGAAGGCGAGGUCUUCUCUGAGCUCCUCUCUGCCGGUCUCGAAUGGCGUUCAGCCUCCCCACCCAUGACACCAGUCUACAUCCAGCCUCCGUCGGCUAACCAGGGGUCCUACCUCCUGUCUGCAACUUCAUGCCCCUCGCUUUCCCCAUCACCAUCACCAGUGCCCCGCUCUGCCUUUGCGGAAGCCGAGAACAACUUCUGCAACCCCCGCGAUCUCACCGUCUCCGCCACUACCGAGCUUCCUAUCGUCACACUUUGCCCCGGCGACGAGGAGCACAAAGUUGUCCUCAAGGGUGAGACUGCCAAGGUAGACAGCUUCGAGCCUGCUCAGUCGUUCCACUUCACUGGACUCCCUACUUUCGAGCCCCUGUUCGAGCUUGACUGCGAGGACGACUUCACGGGCCUGGUCAACUUCUCCACCGACAACGCCCACUUUUGCGGCAGCAAGCGCCAGCGCACUGACCUAGGUGCCUUUUCUCCCGAAGAGGACUUCCUCAGCGACGAGAGCUUCACCGACUUCGAGGAGGAGCUUGUCAACGGCCUGCCCCUUACCCCUGCCACCAGCGACUUUGACAUGUCGGCCACUUCCGACAUGAAGAGGCGUACAGUCAAGAAGGCUCGUUCCGAGUUCAGCGAGACAGAGUCCGACUACCAGGGUAAGCAACAGACAUCCGGUGAUGACAACACCAUGUCUGGAGCAUCAAGCCAACAAGAAUCAGGUCAAGCCGAAAACGCUGUCGGCUCCAGCUCAGACGAACACGCCACUCCCGUCGCGCCUACCAGCCGUCGCGGUCGCAAGCAGUCGCUCACCGACGACCCUUCCAAGACCUUCGUCUGCACUCUGUGCUCGCGUCGCUUCCGCCGUCAAGAGCACCUCAAGCGCCACUACCGCUCUCUCCACACUCACGACAAGCCCUUUGAGUGCACCGACUGCGGUAAGAAGUUCUCCAGGAGCGACAACCUGUCGCAGCACCAGCGCACCCACGGCACUGGCGCUGUCAGCCUCGAGGUCAUGGGCUCCGACUUCCAUCACUCGGACAUGCAGCACGGCCAACCCGGCGCGUUCGGCGCACAGGCGCCUUCCACCAUGGGCGAGAUCCUCUACAACGCCGCUGCCGAGAUCCCCACAUCAAGCUCAGACGGAUCCGAGAACGAGUCUUCCCCCAGCCAGAAGAAGCGCAAGAGGAACGAGUAA